UUGUUUUAGAUACCAUCUCUCAUUCUUUUUAUAUUUACUCUUAGAUAAACAUUCUUAACGUAAAGAGAAAGAAAAAGAAAGAGAUGGAGAAAAUUGAAAGCUUAAGACACCUAUUUGUGACGGUUUUUUUAGCGACGUUCUCAGGUCAUACGGUAAUUCCAGCCAUAACAGAUGUAACAAUGGAAGCUCUUUGUCCUGGUAAAGAUGAAUGUUCUCUUGCCAUUUAUCUCUCUGGUUUUCAACAAGCGGUAACAGGAAUAGGAUCUGUUAUAAUGACACCAUUAAUAGGAAAUUUGUCCGACAUAUAUGGAAGGAAAAUGCUUUUAACACUUCCUUUGACACUAUCGAUCCUUCCCUUAGUGGUAUUGGCUUAUAGUAGGACAACAAACUUUUUCUAUGCCUACUACGUGCUGAAGACAGUAGCAUCCAUGAUCUGUGAAGGCGCUGUGCAUUGCCUUGCUCUUGCUUAUGUUGCAGACAGAGUUUCCGAGGGAAAACGAGCAUCAGCAUUUGGUAUUCUUUCAGGCAUAACUUCUGCUGCAUUUGUCUGUGGUACUAUAGUAGCCAGAUUUCUUCCUACAGCUCAACUAUUUCAGGUAGCUGCAUUUUCAUCAAUGGCUGCUGCAGCUUACAUGAGAAUUUUCCUGGAAGAAACACGAGAUAUAAGUGACACUUCAACUCAACCACUCCUAGAAUCUGAGCCUGAUUCAAUAGACAACGGCAAAAAAGUUUUGCAAGAAGAAUUGCCACAAAAUUCCAGUGAUGCUUCAAUUCAGUCACUCUUGAAAUCUGAUCCAAGUAAUUCCUCAGAUGACGGAAAUUCAUCACACAAGGUCAGAGGUUUCAAAAAGAUCCCAAGCAUCUACGAUAUCAUGAGCUUAUUGGGAAGCAGCAAAACAUUCUCACAGGUUGCAGUUAUGGUGUUGUUCAAUAGCCUAGCUGACGGUGGCCUGCACGCUUCAUUGAUGUAUUACCUGAAGGCACAAUUUCAGUUCAGCAAAAACCAGUUUGCAGACCUAAUGCUGAUUGUUGGCUUCGCUGGAAUGGUAUCUCAGCUAAUUCUGAUGCCCAUGCUGCUGCCAGUAAUGGGGGAAGAAUGGUUGCUAAGAUGUGGGCUCUUGGUGGCGAGCACAAAUAUGAUUCUUAACAGCAUUGCUUGGGAUGUAUGGGUUAUCUAUGCAGUAGCCGGGUUUACACUAUUCGUCUUAUUCACAUAUCCAUUAAUGCGUAGCAUUGCUUCCAAACAAGUCGGAGCUAGUGAACAGGGCAAGGCUCAAGGAUGCAUCUCAGGGAUAGGUUCUUUUGCCAAUAUCAUUUCUCCAUUGGUUUUCAGCCCCCUAACUGCUACGUUUCUAUCAGAUAAAGCACCAUUCUACUUCCCUGGUUUCAGUCUGUUGUGUAUUGCAAUUUGCACGAUAAUAGCUUUCAUUCAAAGUCUACUGAUGAGGGCAGCUCCUCAGACACCGGGUGACAUCUUAGCCUAGAUUUAGAAUAUAGAAGUGAUAGCAUAUAUUCUCAAAUUCCAGAUAACCUGGUAGACUCAGAAGUGUUAUAGCAAGACUAUCAAUUCUUUCACUUUCUCCUCUGUAGGGAGAACAUCUCACAAGAGUCAAAUUACGAGUAAGAUAUACCGCCUCAGUGCCUCUACUAUUGUACACUUUUACUUUAAGUGUAAGGUACCAAGCCAGAAGGCUUUCAGCAAACCCUGUACUUUAAACUUCCCAGUUCCCAUGAACCCAAUGUACAUAAGGCAGGGCAAUUUUAUAAUAUAGCCCCCACUCCCCAGUUUAGUUC